AUGGCGACCACGACCACCGUCACCCCGGUCAAGUCGCAGCUCGUCGACAAGCUGCCAAAGCGAUUCAAGGGCAUCAAGUUCGGCAUCCAGUCCAACCAAGACAUUGCGAACCAAGCCGUUCUCGAAGUUUCCGAUCGACUCCUCUACGAUAUCGAGAAGAACAGAGCCCCAUACCAGCAUGGUCCCCUCGAUCCGCGUCUGAACUGUACUGGUCACUUCGGACAUGUCAGGCUUCCAUUGCCUGCGUUCCACAUUGGCUACUUGCGGUUCGUCAUGAUGAUCCUGCAGGACAUCUGCAAGGAUUGCGGCAAAGUCCUGCUCACCGAGUCCGAGAAACGCGCCUUUCUCAAAGAGUUGAGGCGGCCGCUGCUGGAUAACCUGCGCCGCUCCCAAAUCUGCAAGCGAAUCAACGAACAGUGUCGCAAGGUGAAGAACUGCAUGUACUGCGGCUCCGUUCAAGGCCAGAUCCGCAAGGUUGGCGUCCUCAAGCUGGCACACGACAAGUUUGUUACCUACAACAAGUCCACCUCCGCUAAGAAGGUGCCUCCCGAGAGCAAGAUCAAGUUCGACGAGUCGUUCAGUGAGGCCAGGAAAAACAAUGCCGAGUUGGACAAGCAUCUUCGGAAGGCCAUGGAAGACAUGAAUCCUCUCAGGGUUCUCAAUCUGUUCAAAAUGAUCAGUCCCACCGACUGCGAACUUCUCGGCCUGGAUCCUGCCGAAGGUCGCCCGGAGAUGUUCAUUUGGCAGUUCCUCCCUGCUCCCCCAGUAUGCAUCCGACCCUCGGUCGCCCAAGACAAUGCCAGUAACGAGGACGAUAUCACGACAAAGCUCGCCGACAUCGUCUGGGUCAGUGGCAUGAUUCGCUCUGCGCUGCAGAAGGGUUCGCCUAUUCAGACCAUCAUGGAGCAGUGGGAGUACCUCCAAUUACAGGUCGCAAUGUAUGUCAACAGCGACGUCCCUGGGCUUCAGCAACCUGGUUUUGGCAAAGCCGUUCGUGGCUUCUGCCAGAGAUUGAAGGGAAAGCAAGGUCGCUUCCGUGGAAACUUGUCUGGAAAGCGUGUCGAUUUCUCCGGCAGAACUGUCAUUUCACCUGAUCCGAACCUUGGAAUCGAUCAGGUUGCCGUUCCUCAGCUCGUGGCUAAGAACCUGACGUAUCCCGAGCGCGUAUCCGACUACAACAUGAAGAAAUUGAAGGAGUGCGUUCGUAAUGGACCCAAUAUCUGGCCCGGCGCACAGCAAGUCAUCAAAAACGAUGAUGGAGGCUACAAGAUCUCACUGAGGUUCGGCAACAGGAAUCAGGUCGCUCAGGAUCUCAAGAUUGGUGAUGUCGUUGAACGCCAUCUAGAAGACAACGACAUUGUUCUUUUCAAUCGUCAACCGUCUCUUCACAAGCUCAGUAUCAUGAGCCAUUUGGUUAAGGUGCGGCCGUGGAGGACGUUCCGACUCAACGAGUGUGUCUGCGGCCCGUACAACGCAGAUUUCGACGGUGACGAGAUGAAUCUUCACGUUCCCCAGACCGAAGAAGCUCGCGCAGAAGCCAUCAACCUCAUGGGCGUCAAACACAACUUGGCAACUCCCAAGAACGGAGAGCCUGUCAUUGCGGCAACGCAAGAUUUCAUCACCGCUGCCUACCUGCUGAGUGGCAAGGACAGAUUCUUCGACCGCAAAACAUUCACCUACAUCUGCAUGCACAUGAUGGACGGAAACGUUCACCUUGAUCUCCCGCCACCAGCCAUUUUGAAGCCCCAGGCUCUCUGGACAGGCAAGCAAGUCUUCAGCAUAAUGAUGCGUCCCAACAAAGACAGUCCUGUUAAGGUCAACCUGGACGCCAAGUGCAGAGAGUACAAGGCCAGGCCUGGACAAUGCCCAGACAUGGACCCGAACGACGGAUGGCUUGUCGUUCGCAACUCGGAAGUCAUGUGCGGUAGAAUGGACAAAUCUACUGUAGGAUCUGGAAAGAAGGACUCGGUCUUUUACGUCAUUCUCAGAGACUUUGGCCCGGAUGCCGCCGUGGUAACCAUGAAUCGCCUGGCCAAGCUCUGUGCUCGCCAUUUGACAAACCGUGGUUUCUCUAUUGGUGUUGGAGAUGUCUUUCCCACUCAACUUCUUCUUGAAAAGAAGAGCAAAAUGAUUCAAGACGCAAACAAGGAUGUCGAUGAGCUGAUCGACAAGUACAAGAAGGGCAAGCUCGAGAAGGCCACGGGUUGCAGUAUGGAAGAGACCCUCGAGAACUCCAUCUCAGGACUUCUCAGCAAGGUCAGAACUCAAGCAGGUUCUCAUUGUAUUGAGACGCUUAGCAGGAACAACGCGCCGCUAGUCAUGGCAAAGUCCGGCUCAAAGGGUUCAGAGAUCAACGUCGCGCAGAUGGUCGCCCUCGUCGGUCAACAGAUUAUCGGCGGCAAGCGUGUUGCCGAUGGCUUCCAGGACAGAACGCUUCCCCAUUUCCACAAGAACGCUCCUCAGCCUCCCUCCAAGGGGUUUGUUGCGAACAGUUUCUACUCAGGUCUGCUUCCUACCGAAUUCAUCUUCCACGCCAUGUCUGGUCGUGAAGGUUUGGUUGAUACUGCUGUCAAGACCGCAGAGACUGGAUACAUGUCUCGUCGACUGAUGAAGUCGCUGGAGGAUCUUUCCACACAGUACGAUGACACCGUCCGAACGUCAGGCGGAGGCAUUGUGCAGUUCCAAUUUGGUGCCGACAAGCUUGAUCCUGUUGACAUGGAGGCAUCGGCGAAGCCUGUCAAUUUCGAUCGAACCUUCUCACACGCGGAAAACCUGACAUGGAACAACGAUGAGGCCGCCCUUCUCCCCGAUGAGAUUGUCAAGUAUUGCGAUAGCAUGCUCUCUGUGGAACGAGCCCGAUAUCCAAGAAAGGCCCUUGUCGGCGACGAUGUCCUCGACUAUGAUAACGAAGAAGAUAAAUUCACCGACGAACAUGAGGGUGCCAGAGAUUUCCUAAGGUCACUUGAGUCUUAUGUGGCCGGCCGCGCCAACAAACUCCGCCGCGUCAUGGAGCUCACUGGCUUGACAGCUGGUGCCGAAAGCAUGGAAGUUGAUGUCGACGAGAGUGAGAUGAAGGCGAAGAAGGCUUUCGCAGACAAGGUUGCCAAGGUUUCUGAAACGACUCUGCGGAUGUUCAUCCGACUUUGCCUAGAGAAGUACAAGAAGGCACACGUUGAGCCAGGCCACGCCGUCGGAGCCGUCGGAGCUCAAUCGAUUGGUGAGCCCGGUACUCAGAUGACGCUCAAGACUUUCCAUUUCGCCGGUGUCGCUGGUAUGAGUAUCACGCAGGGUGUCCCACGUAUCAAGGAAAUCAUCAACGCCUCCAAGACAAUUAGCACGCCCGUCAUCACCUGCCCGCUGGUGCAGAACAGGGAACUGACUGCCGCCCGAAUCGUCAAGGCUCGUAUUGAGAAGACAUAUGUCGAAGACAUCCUGAGCUACAUUGAAGACGAAUGGUUUGCGGAGUCUGGAAAUGUUGUCUUGCAAGUGGACAUGGAUGCAUUGUCGAACAUGCAGCUGGGCAUCGGCUUGGGCGACGUGGCCGAAGCCAUUUGCAAGCACAAGAAGAUGAAAAUCUCAAGACAGGAUAUGCACAUUGGCCCGGGGAGGAUCGAAAUCCGCGUACGUCUUGACGAGUCAGCCGCUUCGAAGCGGUCCGUCAAGGCUAAGCCCGUGGAUGAACAUGGCGAUCUUCUGGUACGGGCCAACUAUCUCCGUCGGACGAUCCCAACCGUGUCCAUUUCGGGAUAUCCAGAAGCGACUCGAGCAAUUAUCCAGACGUCAGAACAGGAAACGCACACCGUUCUCGUUGAAGGCUAUGGGCUCCAAAAAUGCAUGAACACGGAGGGCGUCGAAGGGCGGAGAGUCAAGUCAAACAAUGUCAUGGAGUGCCGAGAUGUGUUGGGUAUCGAGGCCGCAAGGACAACGAUUGCGCACGAAAUUGGCGAAGUCAUGGGAGACAUGGGCAUUGACCCGCGUCACAUGCAGUUGCUCGCAGAUGUCAUGACAUACAAGGGUGAGGUUCUCGGUAUCACGCGAUUCGGUCUCUCGAAGAUGAGAGACAGCGUGUUGCAACUGGCUUCAUUCGAGAAGACGCCGGACCAUUUGUUUGAGGCUGCUGCAGGCAUGAAGACGGAUCAGAUUGAGGGAGUGAGUGAGUGCAUUAUCAUGGGACAGACCAUGUCGGUCGGAACUGGUGCUUUCCACGUUGUUCGCCGCCUCGCUCUGGAGAAGGGAGACGUUGGACAGCGGAAGACAAUAUUUGAGGAUGCGUGGGCGGCCCAGACGGCAGUGAAGCGGAAGUCGCGUCGAAAUGUCUAA